AUGUCCCACGGAAAGCAGUUCACAUUGUACACCCACAAGAGAGGUCCCAACGGAUGGAAGGUGGCCAUGAUACUGGAAGAGCUCGGCAUGACGUACGAGUCCAUCUAUCUCGACUUCGAGAAGGGCGAACACAAGGCUCCCGAGCACACGAAGCAUAACCCAAACGGACGUACCCCGACGAUCAUCGACCACAAGAACAACGACUACACCUUGUGGGAGUCGGACGCGAUCCUGCUGUAUCUCGUUGAGCGCUAUGACCCCGAACACAAGAUCUCCGUCGCCGACGCGGGCGAGAAGUUCCACCAGCUCCAGUGGCUGUUCUUCCAGGCGUCGGGCCAGGGCCCGUACUUUGGGGAGGCGGUUCAUUCCAUGCGCUACCACAGCGAGCAGCUGCCCAGUGCGCAGGAGCGCUACAACAACGAAGUCAAGCGUGUGUUUGGCGUGCUCGAAAGCGUGCUGUCGAAGCAGGAGUGGCUGGUUGGCGGGAAGGUGACGAUUGCGGACUUGUCCUUCACCCCCUGGAUAUCCAGGUCCUAUGGUUUUGACUUGGCGACUGAGUUCCCUGCUUCCGCAGACUGGAACAGCAAGAUUCGUGAGCGGACGUCUGCGAAGAAGAUCCAGAAGAUGCAUGACGCCGUAAACGCAGCAUAAAUACUGACAUAAAACCC